AUGAACAUCGUCCGAGCCGACGGUGACAAGAUGAACGAGAAAAUCCCGAACGGGAACCUGCUAUCGCAAAAGUACGGAUUCGAGCAAUCUACCACCAACGGUCCUUCACAUCCAACGAACUCGACGUCCACCAUCGCUGAAACCUCGAACCGAAUCAAUAGCGAUUGCGCGUUCACUUUGCCGGUUUGUGACAGCAGACUACCUGAAAUCCGCAAAAGAAUCACCAACCAUGACGAUGUCGUUAUUGCGUGUCGCGAGGCUGGUAACUUGGACAUAUGA